AUGACUAAAUUCUUGGGCAAUGAUAACAAUUGUGGCCAAAAUAUGUCGGCUUUCGUGAAAUUCCGGUUGUCUUCCAGUCUUUUGCUUUGCUCUUCAGUCCUCUUCCAACAGAAACUGAACUCAAACCGACGGUUUGGUGAUCUUAUGGCUCGGGAUUGCAGUGUAUUGAGUGUUAAAAGAAGACAACACAAGUGCAACAGAAUAGUCACACAUGACGUGUACAGGGAUGAGGUCCACCACUCGGGACUGUUACCAUUCCCACACGAAUGGCAAUACGACUUACCCUCUCUGAAUAAAAGCGAGGAUUUGUUGAUAUAUGGCGUGAAUUCAUCGAAACAAAGCAUUUAUAUUACUAUCAAAUGGAGACCCAAAGGAGUGGACAAUCGGGUGAACGCAUCCAUAAGUCUUAGAUUUGAUGACAACAACAGUAAUACCUAUACCUUAGAAGAAGACUCGGAGGUCGAGUAUCGGUCCAAUGAGUACAGAAUGGGUGGACUCGGACUAGAGAUCAAUACUCCGUUUAGACGCAAACGGAUUAAGUUUAGGGGAUAUCUCAUCAAAAAUGACAACCAAUUAGUUUACGUGCGCUUCCGGUUCCUAUGGUAUGCCGUCUCAAGAGUUUACGACUUCACCCACGACUUCGACGACCAGUUUAUGGCCAAAGAGAUGGCAUUAUCACCAAAAUCGGACACAAGUGACAACCGAUUUGAGGACCGAUUCGAGCAAUUCGGACAAAUAAAGGGUACUUUCAGUGAAGAGUUGACAGAGGAAAGGGAGCUAUACUUCUGGGGAUCUAUGAGAAAUGCCAAAAGAGUUGACUUAAGCGGAGGUAAAGGGAGUUCUUUAGCUGUUCUCAAGAGUUUGUCUGAAGAUAUGGUUAAAGAAGAUUAUGAAAACCAAUUCAUUGUCCCGAAUGGUGUGAUUGUCACCACUAAUGCCUAUCAGCGACUUCUUUGUGAUCACAAAGAACUGUUGCAAGAGAUCCAAGAACUGGAAGAAUUCACACAAUUAUCACCGAAAGAGCUGAAGACUAAAUGCAAUGAACUAAUGAAUUCAAUAUCAGCUCAUAGUUUACCACAAGUUGUAAAACAAGACAUAAAACAGAAAUUAAGCGAAAACUUCAACGAUUUUGAGACAAAACAAUUUGCCGUCAGAUCUUCGGGCGCUUCGGAGGACUCAGAGGAGAUGUCAGCCGCCGGACAGAUGACCACAUACUUAGGCGUCAGAGGUCUUGAGGAGAUCUACUCAUCGGUGAUGAUGUGUUGGUCCUCUCAAUUCUCGCACAUCGCCGUCCAGUAUAAGAGAGGUUACGGACAGCCUAUCAAUAGUCCGAUGGCUGUCGUCAUACAGGAGAUGAUUGGCUGCCAAUCGGCGGGCGUUAUGUUCACAUGUGAUCCUAUGACCGGCGAUGAGAGACAUCUGGAGAUUACAGCCAACUAUGGAUUAGGAGAAUCAGUGGUGUCGGCGUCUUCAGAACCGGACACAAUCAAAGUGUCCGUCAAUAUUGAGUCCAACUCUCUGUCCACACGAAGACGUGUCAAUGGGAUUGAGUCUAAAGUGAUCGGACAGAAGAAAACAUUAAUAAAGUUGUCUGAAAGCGGAGGUACUGUUGAGGAAGCGGUGGACGACACGAGUAAUUGCUGUGUCAGUGAUGAUGAUCUGAUCCGUUUGGCCGACAUUGGACUUCGAAUUCACAAACACUACGGAAACGCCAGGGAUAUCGAGUGGGGUCUGAAAGGGGGCCAAAUAUUUAUGCUUCAGUCGAGACCUGUGACCAAUUUGGACAACUCUUACACCGAUUACGAGAUUCUUCAUGAACUGGAUUCAAGUCACCCGACAGAGUAUGAGAUCUACUCCCGGGCCCACUGGGGCGAGAACUUUCCCGGCGCCUCCUCUUGGAUAGAUCUGAUUAUAGCUAAGAAACAAUUAAUGGAUGACAAGAGUUACGAUUUAGUGGCAGUUUUGAAGCAAUUAUUCACCGCUAAAGAUACAUGGAAAGGGAUACUGGAUAGUUUUCACAUAAUUUGUGAUAUAUCAGUCAAACACCAUGGACCAGUCUCUAUGGGCUCAUCCAUUAAACUGAUGAUUUUGAGAGAGUUUUUAGAAAGUUGUUUGUCAAAUAACCCAAACCUGGAGGCGGACUACAAUUUACUCAUCUCUUCGUGCAGUGAUGUGGUGUCGGCUGAAGUGCCCAACAGUUUGCGGCAAAUCGCAAAGUCUAUCAAAGAUAAGCAAUCCUUUAGACAAUUGACAGAUGAGGAGGCGCUACAAGUUUUAGUCAAAGGAAACCACGAGUCGUCAGCAAAAUUUAGACAAUUUCUUGAUAUUCAUGGUCACAGAGGGUAUCGAGAGUUAGACCCCAUGUAUGACACGUGGAAACUGAAUCCCAUUCCUUGUGUUCAGACCAUUAAAGGACUGUUAUCGGGAAAUGAAAUACAACUUCAACCGAAAGCCGUUAAAUCUGUGGAUCAAGUGGUGGACGAACUCAAGACACCAUUGACUUCAGUGAAGAAACUGUUGCUCAAGAAACUGGUGCUUCCGUGGGCUCAAAGAGGUGUCGGAUAUCGUGAGCUAUCAAAGUAUUUCAUGGUUUAUAUGAACGACUUAUGGAGACAAGGGUUCCGACUAUUGGCACAACGAAUGGCCGCCGAAGGACUCAUCCCUACCGCCGACCACUUCUUCUAUCUGACUGUUCCUGAAGUGGAGGCGCUUUGCAAUGGCGACAGAAAUUCGUUAAUACUGUCCAGAGUUAGACACCGGCGCCGGCUUUACCCACAAAUGGAUGGAUACAAGUUUGAAGAGUUCAUUAAAGGGCCGCAAAUGAGACCCAGAAAUUUUGAAAAACGCAUUACUCCUCCGACUAUGAGCACAGGUAUGGUUCAGAUGAGGGGAACUCCGGUUAGUAACGGAACGGUUAGUGCGAGAGUUUGUGUCUCGGAGGACAUUACCGAAGCCCACAAUAUUCAGUCGGGAGAUAUACUGAUCACAUACUCAACAGACAUCGGUUGGAGUCCAUACUUUCCGUUAUUGUCAGGUAUUAUCACCGAAAUCGGUGGAACGGUAUCUCACGGGGCGGUUAUCGCCAGAGAGUACGGAAUUCCGUGUUUAAUAGCCGUGGAGGGGGCGUGUAGUGCAUUCAAAACGGGUGAUACGUGUGUUUUGGACACAACCACACAGACCAUCACUAAAGUCCAGUAA